AGAAUAAAAAAAAUCACAAUAGAAAAACUCAUUAUUUACAUUCUUAUCAAGUCUCCUAAUUAAUUGUAUUAAUCUGAUUAAUCUGUGAUACUUUUACCAACAUUUUUAGUGACCAUCAAUUUCUCCAGCAUCUGCUGGUCAAAGUGAUACCUGAAACCUUAAUAUCUUUCAUCUUAAGAUCAAAGUUAGUUGAUCAUCUGAUGCAUCAAAUGAUGGAUGCAUCCAGGGUGAAGAAAUUUCUUAAAGAUAUGGAAGAUGAUAGAAUACGAAAAGAUUAUAUCGCUAUUGUGGAUGCUCAUGUAACUGGCCUGUUAGAUUCGGUUAGAGGUGGACGUGAAAAGAAGAAAAGAAAAGGAAAAUGUUCGGCUUCUUCUAAAAUUGCCGAAUCUCGAGAAAAAGUUGAUAUCACUACUCCAGAUUCCAUUUUUGUCAAUACCAAUCUUAAAGAUAUAAUUAACAAAUCUACCUUUACCUCAUUACCUUUAUUUUAUCAAUAUAAAUUGGUUCAAAUGUUACCUAAAUGUGACCAAGUUACAACAUCGGAAGGAUGGACCAAAAUGAGUUCAACCGCUUUGAGGAAUGAAUUUUUUAAUCGAGCUGUCAAAUCUUGGAGUGAUCGGUUAAGAGAAGGCAAAUUAACACCCGAAUUUCUAGUGAGAUGGAAAAAUGAGACCAUCAAGGAAUCAGCUAAACUUGAUCCAUGGAAGGUUAAAAAUUUCGAAAGAGUUUGGGGAGAAGCAUUGGAAUCUCAGAAAGAAAUAGAAAAUGAGCUUGACUGGAUACCAAAAUUAUCUCCAUAUGAUAAUCAUAAUAUUACACCGAGUGAACAACCAAAUGAAUUCCAGUCAAUAAAAUCUUCAACACCAGAACCAAUAGAAACUUCAACUGUUUCUUUCAACUGUGAUGUCUCCCCUCCACCAACACUUUUGCCUAAAUCAUCAUCUCUUUCAAGUGUGAUAAAUUCAAUUAAUCCCAACAAUCCAACAUUAAAUAAGAACCAUGUUAAACCGAUAACCAAUAACAAAGUUAAUCAAACAACGGAUGGUAACGCUGUAACAAUACAACCUUUCAUUCAAACUGAUGUCUCUAUUAGUAUAAUUAAGAGGAAAUUGGAAAGAUCGAACAUCUCUCUCGAACCAAUAACUGAUAUUAAAUCAUCGACACCAACAAGAACCCUGAGGGUAACAAGAUCCACCUCAGCAGCAUCAAAUAAUUCACCUUACAAUCACCGAGGUGUAACUUUCGGUAGUCUCAAUACAAUCACAUCAUCAUCCAACUCAUCAGCCUCUUCAGCCUCAUCUUCAUCAGCCUCAUCUUCAUCCUCAACCCCAUCAUCACCUUCACCCUCUCUAUCAUCAUAUUCAUCACCCUCGACAACGACUUAUAACUCAGUUAAUUUAGAGUCAAAUGGAUUGAAUUUACCUUUUAAAUUGCCAAAUGGUACAUCGUUAAAAAUGAUUCCUUUUCCGAGUAAUUCACAAACCAAUAACAUCAAUGAGGUUCCCGUUAUGUCAUCAAUUAAUUCAAUUAGUCCUGGAAGCAGUUCUCAACGUCCAGUUAAAUUUUUAACAAAUAAUUCAACCCUUAAGAAUAACUAUCGAAUCUCUGAUGAUAAUAGUAACAGCAAGAAAGAUUAUCCCGUUGAUUAUAACAAUCAAUUCCCUGGAUAUUGUAAUGAAUUAGCUAAACUACCACCAAAUAUAACGGUAACUCCUGUGACCCCGGGAACAGUUAAUAACAUACCGAAUAUUUUUUCAAAUCCAACACCAAUAAUAGCAAAUCCAAGCAACAAAGUUGAUUCAAACUGUUCUUCAAUUACAACAUCAAUUAACAAUAAUGUUGAUCAUCUAACUGGAUCAAAUCCGAUCAGCUCUUCAUCCAAUGGUAGCGGUGGCAGUAGUUUUACAAUAUCAACUAAUUGUAACACAACAAUUACAAGUGUUAAUCAUACCUUUGGAAUUCAAACAAAUUGCAAUUUCACCACAAUAACACCUAAUAACAACAACUCUCACCAUCACCAUCAUCAUCAUCAUCACCAUCACCACCACAGUCAAGUAGCAUCAAUGGUAGUGGGAGGAGGAGGUGGAGGAGUAAUACCAACAUCAACAAGUCAACAAAAUGUCCCACCGGGUAGUAGAUCCAAUUGCGACUGUAACCUGAAAGCUUUAGUUCCCUGUACAAAGUGUGGUGCAUUUUGUCACAAUGAAUGUAUCGGUUCAAAUCAACUUUGUAUCACUUGCCUUGUCCGUUAAUUUAUUAACUAAUUAGACAAAAACAAAGACACAACAUUUUUAUUAUUAUUGUACAGGAAAGACAAUGAAAAGCUAUAAAUAUGGAGAGGAAACAAAUUAUAUAAAUAUAUAAAUAUGAACGAAUAUAAAAUGUAAACCCAAACCCAAACCUCCUCUCUCUUAUCCUACUCUCCUCUCUCUCUCUCUCUCUCUCUCUCUCUCUCUCUCUCUCUCUAAAUCCUCUGUCACCAAAAUGAAAACAAAACCACCACGGAGAUGAGAAGGAUAAAUACAAAUGUAUUUUUCAAGAAAUCGUAUUUUACCUCUUCC